CAGAGCGUAUGAACCUGAAACCAAAAACAGAAAAAAAGAAGGUGCGCAUGAGCUCGCAUCGGUUUCGCUCCGCUGUAUCGUUUACCUAUGUCUUACGUCUGCACAAUGUUAUGUAUUGUUGCUGUUUCUGUUCCACUUCUUUCUACGGCUGUUAUUAUUUCGCUGCGCAUUGAAAUGUGAUCGGUUUACUCUGUCUGUCCUUCUUGCUGAGUACGCUUGCGGUGAGAUCUUUCCGUCCCAUUCUUCGCGAUCUCUUUAUUCCUCAAAAGUUUUCAUUUAGUUUCUUUCUUCGUGACUUGGUUGUUUGUUCUGUUUGUCGAAUGGGCUAGCGUGCGUCCGUACACAAAAAGUAAUUUUCGUCGAUUUUUGCGGAUAACGCGUACACAAGAUAUUUAAGUUUUCGUAUUGCUUUAGAACGCUUAUAUUUACCAAACCAGUCAUUUGUGUAAAAGACGUUGAAUAAAGACAGCCAAAUCAAUUGUACUCUGGUGCGCAUCGCUGUUCUUCUCAUUAUGCUAUUAUUAUUUGAUAGUUACCGCUGUUGCUAAUGUUAUUGAUUCUCUUUUUUUUCUUCACCAGUAUUUGCGUUUUUGUUUCUCAUUCUUUCUUAAUCACACUCUUGACGUGCCGUGUGUGCAUUUUCAUUCUCAGAGUUUUUUUUCUGAUGUGGCUGUGGCAAUUUCAACACAGUGGUGGUAUUUUUGUAUGGAUUGUUCGAGUGCUUUAGUUUAUCAAUCGAUUGCAUAGUGAUCGACGCAUAUAAACAGACUCAUUCAACAUUCAUGACCGUUUAGCUAUAGUGAUUUAUAGUUGAUUUUUUAUCGAAUUUUCGGAAACAAAAAGAUGCUAUCGAUUUAUAUAUUUUUUCCGCAUACCCAAAAAUUUCGAUUCAAUAACGUUGAUACCUCAAAAAUUUCAUUUCAACUGUGAACAGCAGCUACAAAACGAUAAGAAGAAAGACUACAAGGAAUAAUAAGAAAAAAAAUGCUGAAGAGCUCUUCGCAGAAGAGAAAUCACGAAGAAGACAACAUUUUCAAAUCUGAGCCAUCAUACCUGCCAUUGCAUCAGGCUACAAUUGCUGGUGACGAUCGUGCGGUGGAAGUCUUACUCAUAAAUGGCACCGAUCGUUUUGCCAAAGACAAUAAACAUGGAAAUACAGCUUUACAUGAAGCCGCAUGGCGAGGAUACAGUCGAUGUGUAAAGCUCCUCUGUACACUGCAGCAAACAUCACAUUCUUCCAACAAGAAAUUCGGAAAGAAAGCAAAAAGUGUUAAACAUGUGGAAGACGAAUGGAAAAACCAAACAUAUUUAAAUACACCGAAUGCUGGUGGCUUUUCAAGCCUCCACUUGGCCGCACAAAAUGGUCAUAAUCAAAGCUGCCGCGAAAUUCUAUUGGCUGGUGCCGAUCCUGAUGUUAAGAAUAAUUACGGUGAUACUCCAUUACAUACGUCAUGCCGUUACGGCCAUGCAGGUGCGACGAGAAUUCUCAUAUCAGCAAAAUGUGAUCCAGUGUGCGUUAACUUGAAUUAUGACACUCCAUUGCAUAUUGCAUGUGCGAUGGGCCGUCGAAAACUUACGCGCAUUCUAUAUGAAGUGUGUGGAACGAGUGCGGUGCUAUUAAGGAAUGCUCAAGGUGAAACCCCACGCGAUAUUGCGAUCAGAAAGAAUUUGAAAUCAAUAAUUGAAAUACUAAAUUUGCCGCCAACAAUGAACAAAUUUGUAAAUGACGAUGUCGAUGGAAGAUCGAUCAAGCGCAAUCAGCAACAAAGUAGUCCAGGUAAUGGACAGAAUAACAUGUUAGAUAGCAAUAAAAUAAGACCAACAAAAUGUAUAAAUGAUCGAUGUCAACAUGAAUCGAAUGCCGACGAUUCGAAAGUAUGGUCGCCGUAUGGAUGUCACUAUUUCCCAGAUCCACGAUCAUUCCCACAACCAAAACUGGAAACAUUUCCAAAGGAACCGCUCAAAUGUGGGGAGCAAUAUUACUUAGACUUGGCAGGCAACAUUCGCAAGGGGCCAGUAGGUAUCGGAAAUACAUGUUACUGUGGUCCAUUCUUCAAUCACAUCGAACAGCAAAUCAAUAGAAAUAAAAAGAGUUUCAGAAAAUAUGUACUCAAAGCAACGUGUAAACUAGAUGGUAAAGUUCAAGAACUCGCCAAAAAUACUGAUGAUAAAAUCCAAAGGAUUGCAAGGUAAACAAAUCUUGUUUGUUUUU